CCCGCUGUUGUUUAUCAGUUCCGAGCACACCUCGCUACAGUUCUUGACGCACGCUGGCACGAUGACUGGUCCGGACGCUAAGAAGAGCUCUCCCUCCAGUGUGGCGGACUGGGUCCGCUCAGCCUGUCGGUUCGCUACAGACAGAACCGACUUCAGGAGGAAUCUUCUGGUCAACGUGGGUUUGUUUGCAGCAGGUGUCUGGGUUGCAAGAAAUCUCUCCGAUUUUGACCUGAUGUCUCCGCAGCCUGUGACAUAACAACAAAAAUAAUAGCACCGCCAAAACCAGGAUGAUGGUGUCUUGGACCAACAGAGAAGAUACAAGGGACACCAACAAACGAUCAUUAAACCUAUAUGAGGAGUUACACUAU